AUGACUCUCCAAGACAAAGAUGCGCAAGGCAAGGACUGUGCAGAGCUGUAUCAUAAAGGGGUAAGGAUCAGCGGCGUGUACACCAUCAUUCUCAGUAAAACUGGAAAAAAACUUGAUGUCUACUGCGAUAUGAAGACCGACGGCGGUGGCUGGACGGUGUUCCAAAGACGAAUGGACGGAACUGUGGACUUCUACAGAAACUGGCAGAACUAUAAAUAUGGCUUUGGGAAUCUGAACACUGAAUUCUGGUUAGGAAAUGACAAUAUCUACUUCUUGACCACCCAAGAUAAGUAUGAACUCCGAGUGGACAUGCAGGACGCCCAGGGGUCCAGUCGAUAUGCGCAAUAUCACAGCUUUGCCAUAGGGUCUGAGGCUGACAAAUACAGGCUUGCAGUCAGAGGUCAUUCUGGCACAGCUGGUGACGACCUCACUGGCCAUAACGGUUUGCGUUUUUCUACCAAAGACAAUGACAAUGAUAACAGCGGCGGUAGUUGCUCUCAGACCUUUAAGGGAGCUUGGUGGUAUGGGUCAUGCCACGGGUCCAAUCUUAAUGGUAUGUACUAUCUUGGAGACCACUCUUCCUAUGCGGACGGCGUGGGCUGGGCUAGCUUCAGAGGCAGGUACCACUCCCUUAGGAGGACUGAAAUGAAGAUUCGCCCUCAGGGUUUUAAAGGUUCUACCAUAGCCGUUGGAUGA